CAAUGAAUGGUCUGCAUCGCGCAUCCUUGCAUCUGCCUACACGCACCAUGCCAAAGAACAUUGUCAUCAUUGGCGGUGGAAUCGCCGGCUCAACCACCGCCUACUAUCUAUCUCAAUCGACUUCUCGGUCUCCAGAUACCAAGAUCACCAUUGUCGAAGGCACGAAGAUCGCCGCUGCUGCCUCAGGAUACAGUGGUGGAUUCUUAGCGAAAGAUUGGCACGGUUCAGCGACGUCCAGUCUCGCUGCGCUGAGCUUCGAUCUUCAUGCCAAAUUGGCAAAACAGUACGGCGGAGCUGAAAAGUGGGGAUACCGUACGGUAGACACAUUGUCCAUCGAGACGGACGCGACACGUACUGCUAAACGUCAAACUCCAGUCAAAUGGCUCCCGCAGGGUCUUGUCCAUAUGUCUCGAUCAUUAGGAACACAUUCCACGACUGCUCAAGUUCACCCUAGACUCUUCACCACAUUCAUAGCGGAUCAAUUCACUCAAGCGCCUAAUACUUCUAUCGUCAUCGGCACAGCGGUCUCAUUAUGCAUGAGCAGUAAUGAAUCAGGCUCUUCCACCUUUUCCCCGACAGGUGUCAAGGUCAGAUUGCAGUCUGGAGAGGAAGAAGUUUUACCGGCAGAUGUCGUGGUCAUUACGGCUGGACCGUGGACAGGACAAGUCGCUAUAGAUCUCUUAGGCAAUCAAAUUGGGAGGAGACUCGGUGUUUCUGGUCACAGAGCCCACAGUAUCGUCCUCAAGACCAAGGAACAGCUCACACCCCACUGCCUCUUCACCAAUAUGCGAUUGGAGGACGACAGUGUGGCGGAACCUGAAGUCUAUGCCAGACCAGACGGAACGACUUAUAUAUGCGGUGCUGGAGAUUCUGAGCCGCUGCCAGCCACUGCGGCAGAGGUCAAACCCUCACCUAUAUCCAUCGAGAAGCUUAAGCGUGAAGCCGCCGCGCUGUCCUCCGUGUUCAGCGAAGAAGGAGGUGUCGAAGUACAAGCGGAGCAAGCGUGUUAUCUGCCCAUAGCGGACAGAGGGAGACCAUUGAUUGGUAAAGUCAGAGGUGUCGAGGGAGUCUAUGUAGGAUCUGGUCUGACCUGUUGGGGUAUCACCUUUGGACCAGGUACAGGAUGCCUACUCGCAGAGAUGAUAUUGAACGGGACUGCGCGCUCAGCUGAUAUCUCCAAGCUGGCUCCGUGAGACUUUGUAAGCACAUCAUAAUGAAUCCGGU